AAUAAGUUAGAGAUGCCUGAUAUUGCCAUUUGCCAGUUUUUCAGUGACAAAUUAUUGUUAAAUCUGCUUUCCAUUCCUGUUGCAGGGAAGGGAUCAGAUCCAGUGAGAAAAAAACUCCAAAACACAAGUCUUUUGUGAUCCCUUAUUCAUUCUCAAGUAUAGAGGAAGAGCAUGCUACGCAACUGCUUCUUGUAAGCACUGUUUCACCCCAGAAAAGAAGGACACUUUUUUGUUGAAUACUGAGUAUCUCAGUUUGCUUCGGGUUAUAUUGGAAAGAAGUAAAAUUUUGGAUAGUGAGGAAUUUCCAGAAUGUUCAGGUUAUCUCCCAGAAGGAGUCAAAGAUCCAAAGGCUUCAAGGUGAAGCAUGCUCUACAGUUAUGUGUUCUGCUUGGAGUUUGUAUCUGGCUGGUUUACCAACUCAAACACUCUAAGGAGAAGAAAUCAUCCUAUGUAGAAAGCACAAAAACUACCAGUGAGGUUGUCAAGUUCGGGAGGAAGGACCUCCAUCCUCGCGUGGAGGAAACUUCCGUGGUAGAUGCAAGGCACAAGGAAGAGGAUGAGGAAGAAGAACAAGAAGAAAAUAAGCAAGAAGAGCAACACAAACUCGACGAUGUUAGCGGUGUGCAAGAUGAGGUACUAAAGCAUGAGCAAAAUGACAAUGAAGAGAAUUCUGAGCAUAAACAGGAUUCGGUAGACCAAGAAACUGAAGAAAAUUCUGAAAAUGCAUUGACACAAGUGGAAGGAGAACAGCAUAAUGAGAAAUUGGGUGAAGAGAAUGACAAUAUAGACAACAAAGAGAGUGAGAGUACAUUGAAGGAGAAUGAGGAGAACAAAAGUGAAGGGAAGGACAAAGAAACUGGAGAGAAUACAGAAGAAAAGACUGAGCAGGAGAAUGACAGUAUGGAUAACAAGGAGAGUGACAAUACAGUGAAGGAGAAUGAAGAGAAUAAAGAUAAGGAGAAUGAAACUGAAGGGAAGAACAAUGGGGAGGAAAAUCAUGAGCAAGAUAGUAAAGAAAUGACAGAUGAGAGCAAUCAAAGAGAAGCUGAGAAAGAAGAACAUGGCAAGAUUCAGGAAGAGACUUCAUCUGAGAAUCAGGCUCAGGAUGGGGGGAAAAUUGAGGAAGAGCAUCGAGAGGAAAAUUAUGCAGGAGAUAAUGCCUCUAGUGCUGUAGACAAUAAAUCACAAGACGACACCUCGGAUGAAAGUUCCAAGACAGAAGAAGAAUCUGACAAAAAGGAAAAGAAUGAGUUUGAGUCUCAGAAAAAUGGUACUGAAACUACAGAAGUGGCUGAUUCUACUGUCACAACAACAAACAGCCAAGGAAAUGAAAAUCAGACACAGUCAGAGAAUGAUUCACAGAAAAGUGUUACAUCGGAGUCAAAAUGGCAGCAGCAAGAGCAGAAUAACCCCACAAAGGUAGAGGAAUCCGGUGUAGAAACUCAUACAACUGAAGCAUUGGAAAAUGAAGAUAACUCCAAGGUAGAGGACUCCAAUGCGCGGAGUACGACACAAAAAACUGAAGAUUCUUCUUCUAACUCAGAUGCCUCGGAAGAGAAGGCUGAGACACAUGACAGCAAUGCAACGAACGGUGAAGACAAGAACAAGGACACCUCGACUAAUUCUGCUCAGGACGAAAACACCAGCAACAAUUAUGUCCAAGAAGGAAAUGUUGCGUCAUCCAACAAUGACAAUAAAGAUUCUAGCCAAGAUGUUCAACUCACUUCCUCUGAUACUUCCUCAGAACAAAAGAAAGAUGAAUCCUUGAAUCUAGAAAGUAACACUGACUCUGCUCAGAAUGACAAUGAAAACUCUGAUCAAAGCAACAAAAACAGUGAUGGAAGUGCUAAUGACAAUAAAGAUGCUAGCCAGUCCUAUACUUCAUCCGAGCAAAACAAAGAAGGAUCCUCAAACUCAGAUAACAAUGCUAGCCAAUCAGAUACUUCAUCUGAUCAAAACAACAAAGAGGGAUCCUCAAACUCAGAUAACAAUGCUAGCCAGUCAGAUACUUCAUCUGAUCAAAACAACAAAGAGGGAUCCUCAAACUCGGAUAACAGCAGUGAUGCUAACCAGAAUGGCUCUAACAGCAAUGAAAAUGCAAAUGACAAUGGGAAUGCUAGUCAUGAAGCACAAAACAAUGCUGAUGCGGGACAGGGCAACAAUGAGGCCACUGUUGAGAGUAAGACAAGUGAAAAUGAAGGUGGUGCUCAAAACGAAACAGUGGAGUCACAAAAAGAGGAGGAAUCUGCACACUCCGGCGGAGAUAGCAAUUCUAACUUGAAUGAUCAAGGAAGUUCUGAUCAUUCAAUCACUCAGGAGGAUAAAGAAUCUCGCGUGGAUUUGGGAACUCUACCACAAUCCAAUGCAGAAAACAAUAACAUUGAGGUUACUGCUGCUGAGUGAUAAUUCAGAUAGAGUAAUUGUAUCAAGCUUCUUUUGAUCCUACUUCUUUUUUUCUAUUUUUGUUGUGCCAUGUAUUGUUUCUUUAGUUGGAUAUUAUGCUAUCAAGUUUUUUGCUUUACACAGGGUCAGAUUAAGAAUUUAGAAAGACCUAGAGUUCUAUUUGUAUAAAUCAUUUGCUAUUAUUCAUAUGUAACCUGAACCCUUUUAUGUAAGCAAUAAUUAUGACGUCUAAAAUAUCAUCAAAGCAAAGUUCCUUCUCUUUUA